AUGCUCGCCCUGUCAUUUAUAACUCUAGCCAUCUCCUCUGUCGCUCGUGCCGCGACGUAUGGCGUUACCGACACAUUUAUUGGAUCUUCUUUCUUAUCCGGAUUCAAUCAUGAAGCCAUCGCUGACCCUACUCAUGGGCGCGUCAAUUAUGUUGAUCAAUCAACCGCCCAGCGCCUCAAUCUUACAUAUGCGAAUGGGAAUACUUUCAUACUGCGCGCUGACUAUACCACGACGCUCAGUGCUUCUGGAGCAGGGCGAAAUUCCGUUCGUAUCAUUAGCAAGAAGCAAUGGGAUAAUCAUGUCCAGAUUAUGGACGUGAGGCAUAUGCCUCAAGGAUGUGGCACCUGGCCGGCAUACUGGACCACGAGUUCGACUGUCAGCUGGCCAUCGGACGGCGAGAUCGACAUUAUCGAGGGUGUUAAUGACCAAGCACCCAAUGCUGCAACCCUACAUACAACCCCUGGUUGCACUCAACCUGUCAUCCGUGACCAGACCGGGACUACGACUAGUACCGACUGCAAUUGGCAAGUCAACAGCAACACAGGUUGUGGUGUCAGGAAUCCUCUCGCCAACUCGUACGGCCCGCAAUUCAAUGCUAACGGCGGCGGGUGGUACGCGAUGGAACGGACCAAGACGUACAUCAAAGUCUGGUUCUGGCCUCGUAACUCGGCUACCGUUCCUGCUCAAGUCAAGAACGGCUCGGGCUCCAUCAACACAUCCUCAUGGGGGACCCCAUUCGCUGCAUUUGUCAAUUCCAGUUGUGACCUCGAUAGCAAGUUCGGUCCCAAUAAUAUCAUCAUCAACUUGACUUUCUGUGGGGACUGGGCCGGUAGUGUCUAUGGGUCUUCUGGGUGCCCAGGGACCUGUGUUGACUAUGUCAAUAACAACCCGUCUGCGUUCAAGAACGCAUACUGGGACAUUGCCGCUCUUCGUGUAUACCAGUAA